UGUGUCGUAAAAGCCAUAGUGUUGGAGCCACUUGAGAUGAAAGAGAUACGUAUCGAUGCUAAUGCUUUUACUAAAAUGAGAAGGUUGAGAUUGCUCAUCAUGCGCAAUCUUACUUUCCAAGGUCCGGUUUGUCUUCCAAAUUGGUUAAGAUGGUUUGAAUGGCCUAGUGCUCUCUCGAUUCUAGAAUUUUUCUCUGGUCCUAAGAAAUUAGUGGGACUUAAUCUGCGUGAAGGCAAUAUGACAAUAGUGCCAAAACAACUUAAGGACUUCCAAAAUUUGACCUAUGUUAAUUUCAGCAAAUGUGAGUCCUUGGCUCUUAUGCCUAACCUCUCAUGUACUCCAAAUCUCCAAGAGUUGGAUCUCUAUGGUUGCAAAAACUUGGUAGAAGCCCACGAGUCGAUUGCAUAUCACGAUAAGUUACAAGUGUUGAAUUUAUAUGGGUGCUCUGAACUUAGUUUUUUUCCAAAUGUGCUCAAGUCAAAAAAUCUCAAAGACCUUGAUCUUGGUAAUUGCACAAAAUUUGAAAGGUUCCCUGAUAUUCCAUAUAAGCUCGAAGGCCUCAAAGAGCUUAAUUUACUAGGGACCGCUAUUAAAGAACUUCCUGCAUCAAUAGAAAAUAUUGUAUCUUUGGAGAGAAUGUGCUUAGAUUUUUGCAAGAACCUGAUAAGUCUUCCUUCAAUCAUCUACAAGUUACAAAACAUUGAGAACUUGGAAGUUGCACAAACUUAAUUGAGUUUCCAAAGUACGAGGAUUCUGUUGAUCCAUGCAUGAAGAUCGGACUUUCAAAUUUACGCUUGUUAAGCCUUUCAGAAUGUAAUCUGUCUGAAGUCGAGUUUCUUGAAAAUAUUUCCUGUUUUCCCCACUUGAGUAAGUUAUAUCUAUUGGGGAACAGUAUUACUAAUCUUCCUACAUCCAUCAAUAAACGUGAUCAUUUGUCCAUAUUGAGAGUUUCAAAUUGCCAUCAAUUACAAGAGAUUCCUGAACUUCCACCAUCUCUGAUUAGUCUUUCGGCAGAUAAUUGUGAAUCCGUGCGAACAAAUGAGGAUUUAAC